GAGAGAGAGUGAGACAACGUCCCAAAAAAAUAAAGCUAGCUUUGAUUUGUUCAUCAUUACAGUAACAACAACAACAAAAAUGGCUUCAUCUUUAUGCAUUGUAACACUCAUGACCUUCAUCUUUCUCUCCUCAUCACUUUCUCUUUCUUUGCCGACAACAAAUACAAUCCCAUCUUCUCCAACAAUCUCUCCCUUUGAUGAACAACAGAUCUCGCCGGAAAUCGCUCCUCUCCUCCCUUCACCGGCCGUCUCCUCCACUCAAACCAUACCUUCUUCUAAUUCAAGCCUUCCCGAUGACGGAAACGACAACGUUUUAGCUGAUCCUGACCCUGCCUUUGCUCCCUCCGCUUCUCCGCCGGCUUCUUCACUUGCUACUCCGUCUUCUCAAGCUCCCGGAGUUCUCUUCUCCGUCGUAUUCGUCGCCGUCUCUUGUUUCUCCCUCCGGCUUCUUGCCGUUUCAGCUUUGUAGUUACUUUAUGUUAUAUACCCACGUACUCAGGGCUAUAAUUGUCCCAAAAACAAAUUAAAUAUCAUUUUAUAACUCGAAUAAACAUUUUUACCUUUUUCCGUUUCUUCGUAUUGUAAAUCGCUUGUUACUGAUUUAGGCUUCAAUCGGUUACGUCAGAACCACAC